CUGGAUUUUAGUUUUCUUUUGGAUGCAAGCUCACUUACCAGGGCAGAAGAUGACCUGAACAUCACAGUUAAUGCUACCUGUGAAAAUGAAGGGGAUAUGGACAGAUUGUUGGAUAAUGCCAUAGCUUUAACUAUACCGCUGAAACAUGAAGUUGAGCUAAAUGUCCAUGGAUUUGUAUCACCAGCUUCGUUUGUUUAUGGAUCCAGUGAGGAAGAUGCACCAACAAUGACAUGCAUGAAAGAAAAGAUCAAUUUAACUUUCCAUGUUAUCAGUGCUGGACUAAGCAUGGCUCCUAAUAUAGGACUGGAGAUAAUGCUGCCUAAUGCUUUUGCACCAAGAAACUUCAAGCUGUUCAACAUCCUGGAUAUCAAGACAACUGCUGGAGAAUGCAUUUAUAAUAAUUAUACAAGAAACUGUACUUUACCAGAGAAAAGUGGGAACCUAUUGAAGGAUGUUGUCAUGUUCUUUUCAAAGCCUCAUAAGAGACUUUUGUACUGUAUGAAAGAUGACAAUUUUUGUACAAAAGUGCUUUGUAAGUUUGGAAACAUGGAGAGUGGAAAAGAAGCUACUGUUCAUAUGCAUCUGGAAGCUACCCCUGCCCUUCUAGAAAUGGAUGAAGCGUCAACACUUAAGUUUGAAAUAAAAGCGAAAGCAUCGCCAGAAAAAAAUCCAAAAGUCAUUGAACUACACAAAAGCAAACAAGUUGCACAUGUCAUUUUGGAAGGAGUACAUAACCAAAAGACAAAAUAUCAUGUUACCAUGAUAAUUAUAGGAAGCAGUUCUGUAGCUGGCAUUAUUUUGUUUUCGGCUCUUUCGUUCUUAUUAUGGAAGAUGGGCUUCUUUAAAAGACCAGAUAAACUUGUCCAUGAAGACCAGAAUGAAAGAGAAAGUUUGAGCCUUGUAAAUGGCAAGGAAAAAGAAGAUCAUGAAGAUUAUGCCGACAGUUAAAGGCUUCUUUCAAACAGAGAACUUAACACUCAGGUUAACUUAUGUGCUUAAUAUGGAUGACAAGAAAACUGCCUUAGAACAUACAUUUGAUACCACUGAACUCUGUGGAAAAUUACAGCUUAACAUAACAUUGCCAUACUAAAAUGUGAAUGACAAGUUUCUUCAUCUGAAGAUUCAGUUAAGAAUGAUAUUGCAAAUACCAGAAUAACCAGUCUCUUGGCUUCAAAUACAUGCAAGAACACUACACAAUAGAACUGAAAACAUUUCUUACCAGAGGAGUUCCUGCAAAGUAGUAUGAUAUCAACCAUUCCUGGAUAAUGAGAUCUUAAGUGUUUGGUCCUGGAACGAAUAACCGAGUUAGCACUCUACUCUCUUCUGACUGUAGUCUGUACUGUUCUGGCAAUCUACGCUGGGUGGUGGGGCUAGAGCAACCAGGGAGGACAGUUGUGCAUACAUUGUGUAUAGACAGUCAUGAGGUUCCUUUUGCUUCUGUGGAGAUUUUGGAUAGUGCUGGAGGUCCCAAGAGUUAUCCCGGGCAUAGGAAGGUCAAAAUAGCGUCAAAACCAUGUUAGCCACCCCCUUUCUUUGGUCUAGGAGUUCUAUAUUGUACCUUUGAGAGAUGCAGCAAAAGUGCUUUUAGCCACGGAAGGAAUCAAUUAUUUUAGGUCAUCAAUACUAACUAUCUUGAACAGGUAACUUGCCAGUAACAGGAAAAAGAAUUAGCUGUACUCAAACACCAAGGCCCAAUGAUGGCCCUGAAAGACAUUUAUGUUUUCAAAAACAAAUAUUUAUUUUAUUUAUUUGCAGGAAUAUUUGCAGCAUUGCAUUAUUUAG